GGCGCCAUGAGCGAAACACAGUACCUGGUCGUGCGAGCUGUUAGUCUGCAGUGUGGGUAAUGUCAACACUGCAGCUGUGUUCGAAUCAUUGAUUUUGGGAGCCAGUCAGUGAAAUAUCUCGACGUACGUAACAUUCCUGUGUAUGAGAAUAUACGACACUUUGGGAUACAAUGUAAUCAUCAGUAUAAGAUUAAAUGCAGAUGUAGAUUAAAAAUAUGCUCACAAUGGACACCUAUAAUCCCCAGACAAUGAGUGAACCAGAAUCAACGUUGCUGCCUUUCGACACAACGUCACCGUCAUCCCCGUCACGUCAACGACGCCGCCCGGGAGUUUUAUUCUAUACUGUCAUCACUGUGUCCCUUACUGCAAACGUUCUUCUUGUUGUCGCGGUCACCGUCCAAACAAUUAUGGCGUCACGUGAUUCGCACAAGAUGAGUGUAGAGGGAUUCUCAAAUUUGCUUAGUCACGUGGACACCGCCGCUCAAGUCUGUUUCACCUGUGACCACCUGGGUCCGCUGAUCGAAUCCAAGGACACUCUCUAUGACGUCAUACGACUCUCUUCAGGUCACACGUUUUGUUGUCAGAGACAGAAUAAUGACGUCACCAAGCUUUUCAGAAAGAUCGUAUCGGACGAAUAUCUGAGGCGAUUGACAGGACGCGAGCCACCCAAGUCAGAUAGGGGAAGACGGAGUCAUGGGCUGAAUAUCAUCAAAGGGUCAACAGGAGCUCAUCUUUAUAUGGUCCCUCAAGCAGAUUCGCCGCCAUCAUGGACAUCAAGCGACAUCUACAACACCUCCUUCUGCUUCAACGUGGUGUGUGGUGAUGGGGGUAUUGUCGUUCCAGCGGCCGGCAUUUACCUGGUGUACUCUCACCUCACGUUCACCACACAGCCAGCCUCUGAAGAUACAUUCAUACACGUCAUACAGCGGCGGAACCGGAACUUGCCUGGUCUGGGCCAGAAACCCGUCCUGUUCAGUAAAACCUCGUUGACAUGGACUGCACCUGCGCAGCAAACGUCUUUUCUGUCCGCCGUUGUGAAACUACGCAGAGAAGACAUUAUCCGGGUUACCAUGUCUGAAAACUAUAAUGAUCUGGUUGAGAUGAGGAAGCUUUCAAAUUAUUUUGGUGUGAUCAAAAUGUAAAUUAUGAUCCAAUAUCGUUGUGGCGGGUGGGGGCUGGGGUCACGGGACGUGGGGGAUGUUUUGUGUGUGCCUGUCUCUCUCAGAAAGAUGCCAGAUUUUGACUAUUGAUGUGCGACCAAGACUCCAACGGUUCAUACCCAUAACAUAAGGGAUGCACGAAUGUUGGUUGGUUGGUUGUUUUACGCCGCAUUCAAAUGGAUGCACAGAUUUGGCUUACGUUGUUGAUGAAAUAUGCUGUUUGUUUGUUUGUUUGUUGUUUAACGCCGCACUUAGCAAUAUUCCACAAGAUAUAUGACUGCGGUCUGUAAAUAAUCGAAUGUGUCCCAGACAGUCCAGCGAUUGAUAUCAUGAGCAUCGGUCCACGCAAUUGGGAUACGAUGACAUGCUUCAACCAAGUCAGCGAGCCUGACUCCCGAUCCCGCAAGUCGCCUCAAGGGAAUGGUGUUAAAUUUGACUAAAUGUAUCUAGGAAAAUUGGUAUUCGCAACAAAAUCGUAAUCAUAUUAUAUAUAUAUAUAUAUAUAUAUAUAUAUAUAUAUAUAUAUAUAUAUCACUAUAUAUAAUAUAUAUAUACUCACUGCCAAAAGAAACGCGUACCACAGAAACAUAUAGAGAGGAAUGUAGGUUAAGAAGAGAUGAUUCCAAUGCGUACAACUUAAUGACAAAACUAACAAUCAGUCAAGUGUUACCACGAAGUGUCUUUAUUCUUAUCAUGAUCUGCUGCACGUGAUUUCCAAACUUUACGCGCUCAUCCUGCACGAGACAAAAGGUGCAUCUCGAGUCCUGCAUUUAUGACGUCACAUGUGCUGCGUUCAUGAGCGUCGGUUCACACAACAUACCAGUAUGUUCGUGCCUGCAUCGAACUAAUCUGAUAUCCCUUGAAUAUGAGAAAAUCUUCAAAAAUUAACCAGCAUGCAUCAUAAUGGUAUUCGCGUUUCUUUUGUGGGUGAGUAUAUAGGAAUCAUUUCUAAAACUAACCGAGGUGUAAAUAGUGAUUGAAUAACAAGCAGCUGUGAAGUUGUGUCAACAUAUUUACUUUCCUCUACUGAAACUCAAACAGCUCAAUUCUUAAGUUAAGAUGUGUAUAUGUAUUGACAGUUACUGGAUAUAUUGUUAUACAUUCUGGAAAUAAAAUCAUAAUCCGACA